AUGUCGCACUCCAGAAACCCCUCCAAGACCGAAAUUCCUACGCGCGAGAAAGAGCCGAAAACCGAGAGUGAAGGCAAAAUGGGGAAGGCGAAACCUGAAAAGCCGAUUGGCAAGCAAGAAGCUAAGAUGCCUCAGAAAGCAGGAGGUGGAGGAAAGAAGAAGAAGAUGGAGGGCGCCGCCCUGAUAGGCAUUGAUGUCUCCAAGGACGUCGAUUUCCCAGAGUGGUACCAGCAAGUGCUGCUCAAGGGAGACAUGCUCGACUACUACGAUAUUUCCGGGUGCUAUAUCCUCAAGCCAGCCUCUCAAUACGUCUGGGACGAAGUCCGAGCUUGGUUCGACUCGAGGAUCAAGAAGAUGGGGGUCAAGAACUGCUCCUUCCCACUGUUCGUCUCCGAGGAGGUUCUGAAUCGCGAAAAGUCCCACAUCGAAGGCUUCGCUGCUGAGGUUGCUUGGGUCACCCACGGGGGUAGCACUAAGCUGGAGAAGAAGAUCGCGAUCCGCCCUACUUCCGAAACCGUCAUGUACCCAUACUAUGCCAAAUGGAUCCAGAGCCACCGCGACCUCCCUCUGAAGCUCAAUCAAUGGAACUCGGUCGUGCGAUGGGAAUUCAAGCAUCCUCAGCCGUUCUUACGUACUCGAGAGUUUCACUGGCAAGAAGGCCAUACGGCGCACCUGACUGAACAAGAGGCCGGCAAGGAGGUGCUGGAGAUCCUUGACCUUUAUGCCGGAGUCUACGAAGAGCUGCUGGCGGUGCCGGUUAUGAAGGGCAAGAAGACAGACAAGGAGAGAUUCGCCGGAGGCCUGUAUACGACAACCGUCGAAGGAUACAUUCCAGCCACGGGUCGGGGCAUCCAGGGAGGCACAUCGCAUUGCUUGGGUCAGAACUUCAGCAAGAUGUUCGGCAUCACGGUCCAGGAUCCCAACGCGAAGACGGAAGAAGACAAGAAGAACCAACUGUUUGUGUGGCAAAAUUCUUGGGGUUUGUCGACUCGAGUCAUCGGCGUCAUGGUCAUGAUUCAUGGUGAUGAUCGGGGUCUGGUGCUCCCUCCUCGAGUCGUCGAAACUCAGGUUGUUAUUGUCCCCGUUGGAGUGACGGCCAAGACCACCGAAGAAGACAGAGAGGCACUGUACAAGGAGAUUGAUGGACUUGUAGAAGUGCUCAAGGCCGUCAAGAUCCGGGUCCAAGCUGACUCCCGAGAGGGAUACUCUCCGGGGUGGAAAUUCAAUGACUGGGAGUUGAAGGGUGUCCCGCUGCGCCUUGAGUUUGGACCGGGAGAGAGUAAGGGCCAUUUUGUCACGACGUCCCGUCGAGACCUUCCUAAAGCCGAGAGCAAAGGUCAGAUCGCUAUCAGUGAACUCAACACGGCAGUUCCCGAGCUCCUGGACACCAUCCAGAAGGAUCUUUACGACCGAGCCGAUGCCAAAUUCAGGUCACAUAUCAAGAAAAUCACAGACUGGGAAGAAUUCGUCCCGGCAUUGAACGACAAGAAUGUCAUUUUGAUCCCCCACUGCCUGACGGAGCCUUGCGAGGACCAAAUCAAAGAUAUGAGCGCACGCAAAGCUGAGGAACAAAGCGGUGUUGCCCAAGAUGAUCGUGCUCCGAGUAUGGGUGCAAAGAGUCUUUGCAUUCCGUUCGAUCAGCCUGAAGGGAUUGAGAAGGGAGUCACCAAGUGCACCAAUCCUCAGUGCUCGAAUCUCGCCGAGAAAUGGUGCUUGUUCGGCCGGUCAUACUAG